UUUGAGCUGAGCAGGGGCGGGGUCUCGGGACCGCCAGGGUAGAUUGUACAGCCAGCCUGUCCACCAGCCAGUCUGCAUUCUGCUGUCGCGUCUUUUACUCCAGUUGCAGAUCCUGCUACUCCCGUGGGCCCGGGCCCGGACUGCGUGCGACCGGACGAACGGACGCACGCAGUACAAGCUCGGGAGCUCUCCAGGGCCAAAUCCUCGCAGCCGGCAGGAUAGCGGGGUUUCGCUAGGGAACUGACUCCUCCUGCAGGGUUGGGAUGGAGCCAGACCCUUCUCCACCAAGUCCAUCCCACCUCCAUCCACAACAUGGACGGUCCCAGCUCAAUGCAGCUGCCUCUUCAGAGCCAGGUGAAGAGGCUAAAGAUCAGAGGCAGGGACCUCUGUCAGGAGAUGGCCCAUCCUCACCACCUUCAGCUACUGCUAAGCGUCCAACUAGCCAAGAGAGAGUGGUGAAAAAUGAGAUGAGGAAAGAAGAUAUUGAACUAUCCUUUGAAGAUGUUCUGGAAAAGGCCAAGGCAGGAGACCCUAAGGCACAGACAGAGGUGGGGAAACACUACUUGAAAUUAGCAGAUGAUGCUGAUGAAGAGCUCAACAACUGUAGUGCUGUUGACUGGCUAAUUCUUGCUGCGAAGCAAGGCCGGAGAGAGGCCGUCAAGCUGCUGCGUCGCUGCCUAGCAGACAGAAGAGGUAUCACUUCGGAAAAUGAGCAGGAAGUAAAAAAGUUGUCCUCAGAGACUGACUUAGAGAGGGCUGUGCGCAAAGCUGCAUUAGUCAUGUAUUGGAAACUCAACCCAAAGAAGAAAAAACAGGUGGCUGUUUCAGAGCUUCUAGAAAACGUUGGCCAAGUCAAUGAACAAGAUGGAGGAAAGCAGCCUGGCCCCAUUCCAAAAUCAAUCCAGAAGCAGAGGAGAAUGCUGGAGCGGCUAGUCAGCAGCGAAUCUAAGAACUACAUCGCCCUGGACGACUUUGUGGAGAUCACCAAGAAGUACGCCAAAGGCAUCAUCCCGAGCAGCCUCCUGCUGCAGGACGACGACGACGACGAAGAGCUGGCGGGGAAGAGCCCCGAGGACCUGCCCUUGCGCCUCAAGGUGGUGAAAUACCCGCUUCAUGCCAUCAUGGAAAUCAAAGAGUACCUGAUCGACAUGGCCUCUAAGGCGGGCAUGCACUGGCUCUCCACCAUCAUCCCAACCCACCACAUCAACGCCCUCAUCUUUUUCUUUAUCAUCAGCAACCUGACUAUCGACUUCUUUGCGUUCUUCAUCCCGUUAGUCAUCUUCUACCUGUCUUUCAUUUCCAUGGUGAUCUGUACGUUGAAGGUGUUCCAAGACAGUAAGGCCUGGGAGAACUUCCGGACACUCACGGACUUACUGCUGCACUUUGAACCCAACCUGGACGUCGAGCAGGCUGAGGUGAACUUCGGCUGGAACCACUUAGAGCCCUACAUCCACUUCCUCUUGUCCGUGUUCUUUGUCAUUUUCUCUUUCCCCAUAGCCAGCAAAGAGUGGAUCCCUUGCUCGGAGCUGGCCGUCAUCUCCAUCUUCUUCACCGUGACCAGUUACAUGAGCUUGAGCACCUCGGCAGAGCCGUACACGCGGCGGGCGCUGGUGGUCGAGGUCACGGCCGGCUUGCUCUCCGUCCUGCGGACUUUACCUGUCGACUGGCACUUCCUGAAGUUCCUGGGCCAGACGUUUUAUACCGUGCCCAUAGGUCACUUCAUCACACUGAAUGUGAGUGUCCCGUGUUUCCUGUUUAUGUACCUCUUUUACCUCUUCUUCAGGAUGGCACAGCUGAGGAAUUUCAAAGGCACUUACUGCUACUUGGUCCCGUACUUGGUAUGUUUCAUGUGGUGUGAGCUUUCUGUUGUCAUUCUGCUCGAGUCCUCCGGUCUUGGUCUUAUCCGAGCCUCCAUCGGCUAUUUUCUCUUCCUCUUUGCCCUCCCAAUUCUGGUCGUUGGCAUUGUCUUGAUGUGCAUCGUCCAGUUUUCUAGAUGGUUUGUCUCCCUGGAGCUCACCAAAAUCGUGGUCACCACGGUGUUGUGCAGCAUCCCCUUGCUCCUACGCUGGUGGACAAAAAACAACUUCUCUGUGGUGGAGAUGGUGAAGUCUUUGACCAAGAGCUCCAUCGUCAAGCUCAUCCUCGUGUGGAUCACAGCCAUCGUGCUCUUCUGCUGGUUCUAUGUGUACCGCUCAGAGGGCAUGAAAGUCUACAACUCCACUUUGACGUGGCCACAGUAUGGCUUCCUGUGUGGACCCCGCGCCUGGAAGGAAACUAACAUGGCACGCACCCAGAUUUUGUGCAGCCACCUGGAGGGACACAGGGUCACGUGGACUGGGCGGUUCAAGUACGUCCGAGUUACAGAUAUCGACAACAGUGCCGAGUCCGCCAUCAACAUGCUCCCAUUCUUCAUUGGAGACUGGAUGAGGUGCCUGUAUGGCGAAGCCUACCCCAGCUGCCUCCCUGGCAACAUCAGCACCGCAGAAGAAGAGCUCUGCCGGCUCAAAUAUCUCGCCAAACACGAGUGCCAUAUUAAAAAGUUUGAUAGGUACAAGUUUGAAAUAACGGUGGGCAUGCCCUACAGCAACAUUGGAAACAAGACCAUCGAGGAAGACGAUAUCACCAAAGACAUCGUCCUGAGGGCCAGCAGCGAGUUCAAAAGCGUCUUACUGAACCUGAGACAGGGAAGUGUUAUCGAGUUCAGCACGAUCCUCGAAGGGCGACUCGGCAGCAAGUGGCCGGUCUUUGAACUGAAGGCAAUCAGCUGUCUCAACUGCAUGGCCCAGCUUACUCCUGCAAAAAGACACGUGAAGAUCGAGCAUGACUGGAGGAGCACCGUGCAUGGGGCCAUUAAGUUUGCAUUUGAUUUCUUCUUCUCCCCCUUCUUAUCAGCAACUUGAUUGGGUGGCAGCUAUCCAGUGUGUGGGGGAGGGCAUUGAGUCUAACUAGAUGACACCUUUCCUAUUACCCUAGGUUCGACUUCUUCGCCAGGCUGGCUGUAACAUUACAUUUAGAAGUGUGUGUUAAUUUGGUGUGUCAAUUCUGUACCACAGGCACUUAUAUGGCCCCAAGUACUAAUGAACUUGGUGAAAAAAAUGCUAUUAACUUUUCCUAUUUACAAAUGAAGAUUAUUGUUGGAAAUUGCAUGCACACAGGCUUACCUAAAGCCCAAAAGUUUGUUGUGGUUCCUAUAUGACUUUGGAAUUUUAAAAAAUGCUCGAUAUUAAAAAGCACUUUAUAGGUAAUUCCCACCCCUCCCCCGCUGCUAUUUUCGUAUUCCUUUAGAUUUGUUGCUGUUAUUAUUUUACAAAUACGAGUGGUGUGUAAGUAAAGUUAUAUUGGUUUGUAUUUAUUCAGUUGUCACUCUAGUUUUAGCUCUCUUCUAAGUGUGAUGACACCUAGAACUAACUGAGCUCAGUGAGUUUUGACCUGAUCUCUGGGCUUAUUUAACAGGCUAGAAUUUUCAGAUGCAGUGGAACUCUGCUUUGGUUGAGAAUAUGUUCCAUGCCAGAUUUGAGUGUACAUACAAUGAAUUGUCUUGGACCAUUUCAGAAUCUUGUACAAAAUGACUACUGUGUGGAAAUGUGCCAAAUCUAAACCGUGUUAAUUUGUCAAACGCACCUCAGCGCUGGGCGCUGUGCCCCCAAUAGUCAUAAAAGCUUGGUGAUCUGUACAGCAGAAAAAUGGGGGUCAGAAGAGGCUCAAAUAAAGACAUCUGUGGUCAAAUCUA